GUCACUCACACCAGACCCAGGUUAGAUACAGUUAUCACCAGACCCAGGUCAGAUACAGUUAUCACCAGACCCAGGUCAGAUACAGUUAUCACCAGACCCAGGUCAGAUACAGUUAUCACCAGACCCAGGUCAGAUACAGUUAUCACCAGACCCAGGUCAGAUACAGUUAUCACCAGACCCAGGUCAGAUACAGUUAUCACCAGACCCAGGUCAGAUACAGUUAUCACCAGACCUAGGUCAGAUACCAGUUAUCACCAACCCAGGUCAGAUACAGUUAUCACCAGACCCAGGUCAGAUACAGUUAUCACCAGACCCAGGUCAGAUACAGUUAUCAACCAGACCCAGGUCAGAUACAGUUAUCACCAGACCCAGGUCAGAUACAGUUUAUCACCAGACUCAGGUCAGAUACAGUUAUCACCAGACCCAGGUCAGAUACGUUUAUCACCAGACCCCAGUCAGAUACAGUUAUCACCAGACCCAGGUCAGAUACAGUUAUCACCAGACCCAGGUCAGAUACAGUUAUCCCACCAGACCCAGGUCAGAUACAAGUUAUCACCAGACCCUAGGUCAGAUACAGUUAUCACCAGACCCAGGUCAGAUACAGUUAUCACCAGACCCAGGUCAGAUACAGUUAUCACCAGACCCAGGUCAGAUACAGUUAUCACCAGACCCAGGUUCAGAUACAGUUAUCACAGACUCAGGUCAGAUACAGUUAUCACCAGACCCAGGUCAGAUACAGUUAUCACUAGACCCAGGGUCAGAUACAGUUAUCACCAGACCCAGGUCAGAUACAGUUAUCACUAGGACCCAGGUCAGAUACAGUUAUCACCAGACCCAGGUCAGAUACAGUUAUCACCAGACCCAGGUCAGAUACAGUUAUCACCAGACCCAGGUCAGAUACAGUUAUCACCAGACCCAGGUCAGAUACAGUUAUCACCAGACC